GGGUUGACAACAUACCUUGUCUUGGACACAGACUGAAUAGACACUGAGAACUCACCACAGAAGAUAUGAAGUAUUGUGUUCUCCUGAUAAUGAUCCAUCUACUGUUGGUGGAACUGCCUCAAUUUCCAGAAGCACUACAAGGAAACGUGUAUGUGGCAGCUCCAGUUGUUGCCGCAACUGAUUUAAGACUGAGGAACAGGUCUAGUUACAUUGGCAGAAGCUGUAAGGAAAUAAGGGACCGAUAUAAUCAACAUGAAGAUGGGCUGUACUACCUGACCACAGCCAGCGGGACAGUCUACCAGACCUUCUGCGACAUGACCACCGCUGGCGGCGGCUGGACACUUGUGGCGAGCGUGCACGAGAACAACGUGUAUGGGAAGUGCACAAUGGGUGACCGUUGGUCCAGCCAGCAAGGCAGCAACCCCAACUGGCCAGACGGAGAUGGGAACUGGGCCAACAGGGCCACUUUUGGAACCGCAGAGGGUGCCACCUCAGACGACUUCAAGAAUCCUGGGUAUUAUGACAUUGUGGCAGAAGACAUUUCGGUGUGGCACGUUCCCAACAACUCCCCUAUGGAACACUGGAACCUAGGCGCCAUCCUCCGUUACCACACAGAGAGAAGCUUUCUCUCCAUUCAAGGGGGAAAUCUGCAUCAACUCUUUAAGCUCUACCCAGUGAGAUAUAAUGCUGAGGCAAGUGGGAACACAGGACCUGUCAUUCCAAUUGUGUACGACUUUGGGGACAAAGAAACCACAAGAAAACUUUACGGACCCAACACAAGAAACCAGUUUGAACCUGGCUUCAUCACUUUCAGGCCAAUAAAUAAUGAACUGGCGGCCAUGGCUAUCUGCUCUGGGGUCAAACCAACAACUGGCGGCGACACUGAACAUUACUGUAUUGGUGGUGGUGGACAUUUCCCUGAGGGAGCCCCUCGUCAGUGUGGCGACUUCCCAGCCUUUGACUGGAAUGGCUAUGGGACCGACACAGAAUGGAGUGCAUCAAAGCAGUUAACUGAAGCAGCUGUGUUACUCUUCUACCGUUAAAAUGAUUCCUGUUGAUUAUCAAUGUGUAAUAUUACCGCAAUGUUUUAAACAAAUGUAUCCAUUGUUAUCAAAUGUAUGUAAAGAUUAAUUUUGUUUAUACUGUUUGUAUAUAAUUUACAUAACAGAACUAGGAUUUUCAUUUGUUUAAUCUAUAAAUGCCUUCUCCCUGCAGUAAGAUGGAAUACUUGUAUCAUAGUUUCCUUGUUAUAAAGUAGAAGGAACGAUGAGUAUUAUCACCGUGUGAAUAUGAAUGACUGAAAUAAAGACUACUCUAAAGGAGAAAUUGACAGCA